CAUUGAUUUACCCUCUCUCAUGUAUUCUCUCUCUCCCAAAUUAGUUGAGUAAUUAUUUACAAGCCCAAAAGCAUUAAAUACAUCGAGAGAAUCCCUGCACCUCAAUCCCACUGUCAUGCUCCAAUCCCAUUUAUCACUAGCUCCUCACUCGAAGAACGAGAAAAAUAUUAGAACAAAAAAGGGCCCAACAAAAGAAAUUUCAUCAUCUUCCACAAAUCCAAAAUCAAAGUACAAAAACUGAGAGGUUGGGUAAAAGAAAGGGCCUUCCUCUGAGAUGGGUUUGGCCCAGAGGGGGCCAUGGCUGCUCAUGCUUCUUCUCCUCUCUUGGGUCUCCAUCUUUCUCUCUCUAAAAGCUCACGCUGGUGACAAUUUUAAUGUGAAGUUUGUAAAAGCUCCAUUGCCAGUUUCAUCAUUGGAUUCAGCUGCAUUUGGGUUUGAGGUUUCAGAAGGGAGGAAUGGGGGCCUCUGCAGUGACUGUAGCCUCACAUGCAAGUUGGAUAACUCCACUUCUUCAGUCUGUAAGUCUAGAGAAGUAUCAUAUAAAGGCUUGCAUGAUGGAGAUCAUACAUUUGAGGUCUGCACCAAUGGAUCUCUGGGAGUUCAUUGUGCUAGCUAUAACUGGACUAUCGAUACAGUUCCUCCUACAGCAUUAGUUUCAGCUGAUACAUCUCUUACAAGCAUGUCAAAUGUCUCUGUUCAUAUUACAUUCAAUAAACCUUGCACUGGUGGAGGGGGAUUCAGGUGCUCAUCAGAUUAUUGUAGUCUUCUUGUCUAUGGGGCUGGCCAUGUUAUACCAUCUGCUCUCAAGAUUCUUCAGCCUGAUCUACAGUUUUCUCUUGUGGUGGCUAUAUCUACUGCUGUACAGUAUGGGAGAUUGGUACUGGUAAUGGAUAAGAAUUUUUGUACAGAUGCUGCUGGAAAUAAGUUCACCAGGACAUCAAAUUCGAGUUUCCUUUUACAUAUUGAUAGAAGAAAUGUUUCUGUACAGCUAAGGACUCACAUUCCAAAGAAACUUCUUCAUCUUAAUGGCAAGCCAAGAACAGUUGAAGCAACUAACAGCCAUAAGGACCUGAGAGUUUAUUUAUAUUUCUCAGAACCAGUCCUUAAUUCCUCUGCAGAAAUUUAUGAUACUCUCCGCACUAACACUGGUUCAAUUUCUCCUAUAAAUGGGGACAGCCUUGGGUAUCGUCGUUUUGGUUAUAUGGUCAGCAUUUUAUCGAGCAUGUCUAUAGUCACAGUAACGUGUGAAACGAGCUCCAUAAUUAGUCGGCAGGGAACUCCUAGCUUGUUACCAAAUCCAGUCACAUUCCUUUAUGAUGCUCAACGACCUACCGUCAAGCUGAGUACAACUUCCCAUAAAAAAACAAGAGCACACAACAUACCAGUUCUGAUAAAGUUUGUGAAGCCGGUGUUUGACUUCAACUCUUCAUCUAUAUCAGUAUCCGGAGGUCAUUUGCUCAGCUUUCAUGAUAUAAGUAGGAGUGUUUACCGGAUGGAAGUAUAUGCUGAUGAUAGCAUUGUUUCCAUAGUAGUGCCUGAAAAUACUACAGUAGAUGUUGCUGGAAACAAGAAUCUAGCAUCAAAUCUGUUACAACUAAGACACUAUUCUGUACCCACGGUCUCCUCUGUAGUGUCGACGAUUACCACUGUUGUUUUUGCUGCAACAUCGAUGGCUGCAAUUCUGCUCACUGUUUCGACUGCAAACCUUCUGUCAUCUGAACUAUUCUCAAAGCCAGUUACUUAUCUGAUAUCUGAACCAUCAAGAAAUCUGGUGAGAAUUGCUUGUCACAUUCAGGUAUUUGCACUGACUAGAUGGUUAGCAGUUUCCCUUCCUAUUGACUACUAUGAAUUCGCUAGAGGUAUAGAGUGGAGUAUCCCUUACCUCAGUCUUCCAUGGGAAAUCGAAGGCUUUGGUUCAUUUACCAAAGAUUCAACUUCUCCAUUUGCUACAUAUUCUGAACUUUGGGAAAAGAUGUGGCCUUCUAGAUUCUCACCAUUGGACGACAAAAUAUUGGGCAAUUCUUCAAUAUAUGGGACGCCACUUACUCCAAUGGAAUACAGAUUAUUUCUUGAGGACCAGAAUAUGCAACCUGAAGCUGAGUUGAUUAUGGGCCCACAAAAUUUCGACUGGUGGAAGUACUUUGGUCGAAACAUGUUCUGGUUAGCUGUAAUUGGUGGUGGAUUGAUGGUACUUCAUGCUGUCCUUCUUUUGAUAUCGAAACUUAAAAGGAAGAAAUCAGAGGAACAAAAGGAGUUCGGAGCACUUGUGUUCCCCAGAUUUGAAAUAUUUUUGCUAAUUCUUGCUCUCCCUUGUAUCUGCCAGGCAUCAGCAGCGAUUAUCAAAGGGAGAAGCACAGCAGGGAUUGCAGUUGGAGUCAUCCUCUUUGGCAUCUCAGCCUUCCUCCUCCUCUCCCUUCUCCUGUUCCUUUCCAUCGGCAUCACCUUUGGCAAGCUCCUGCACUAUAAAGAAGUCCAUCAAGAAGGCCAGCUGCCUCCUUGGUUCCAGGAACUCGUCCGAAUCUCUCUAGGCCCAGGUAAACGAGGCCAAUGGACAUGGAAAAAUCAGCCCAACUCCACCAAUCUAACCCGCUUCGGCCCAUUGUUUGAGGAUCUCCGGGGCCCACCAAAGUACAUGCUCUCACAAUUCUCCGGUGGGCCUGCCUCCGGCGAUCGCAUCAUCGCCUCUGAUGACGAGACAGAGGACGCAGAAGCCCCAUUCAUACAAAAACUCUUUGGCAUUCUAAGAAUAUACUACACAUUUUUAGAGACUUUAAAGCGAGUCUCUCUUGGAAUCAUUGCAGGAAUUCAUUCCACAGGUUACCAACAGACUUCAAGAACAUCGACACUCAUCAUCCUCUCGAUCUCAGCAUUCCAGUUAUUCUUCCUUGUGUUAAAGAAGCCUUUCAUAAAGAAAAGGGUGCAGUUCGUAGAGAUAGUCACUGUAGUAAGCGAAUUGUUCGUAUUUGCUGCCAGUUUAGUUAUCUUGGAGCACGAUUUCUCAGAAUCUGGCGAGAAAACGUUAGGGUUCGUGAUGUUGGGAGCUUUUAUUAUCAGUUUUGUGACCCAAUUGAUCAAUGAGUGGUACUCUUUGUACUCGCAAGUUGUUCGGUUGAGCCCAAGUGAUGCUAAGUUUAUUACAGGGCUAAAGACUGCAGUCAUCGGUAUUCUGUUCUUUGUUCUUCCUUCAAGGGUAGUAUCAGAAUUGAGCCGAGAAUUGUAUGAAGGAAAAAGCCCAGGUACAGGAACAAGCACGGGCGAGAAACCGUGGAUGAGGCAAUUGAGAGAGCUAGCGAAGGAGAGUUUCAGUAAAGAAGAAGAGUGGACGGUUGGAGUAAAGGAUCCUUCCAGUAGUAAAAGUGGGUUUUGGAGCAGAAUGGAUCCGUCGACAAGCAAGAGCGGGUUUUGGAGCGGGAAUAGGAGUGGGAGCUCGUCAGUGACUUCAUCGUCGGACUUCAAGUCGAAGGGAGAUUUGAAGACAAAGUCUAAAGGGUUAUAUAAAGAUUUGGAGGCUAUUUUCUCUUCCAAGUGAUUUUAGUAGUUACCUGAACUAACCAACUUUUGAAUGUAAAUGGGCAGUAGAAUUGUUUAGGUUUGUGAUCAGUGGGUGUUUGUGAGUUUUUGAGGAGGUCGUUCUCGUGUUUUGCUUGACCAUUUGAUCAAUUGAGAGUUCUCAUGGUUUUAGAUAGUUUGUGUUGUGACUGACUGGUCAAAGUUGCCAUGUGUUAUUUUCA